AUGGCUUCAGCUGCUACAAUUUUGUUAAAUUGUGCAGGUGGCAAGAAGAAGACAAAGUCAAAGGGGAAGACUCUUAAUCUGAAUGAGUUUCUGGCUAAUGAUGGAGGAGUGGUACCUGCUCCAGUUGUCACGCAUAGGAGCUGGGCAGCAGAAAUGGAUAAUGCAGAUGGAGAAGAAGUUGAAGAAACUCGGAAUUUCUUUGAUCGUUCUGUACUGCCAACUGCACCCAAAGCUGCUCGUGGUCCAGAUGUCGAGAUGUCAUCCAUUCCAACAAAGCCUCCAUUUACCGCAUUUAUUGGCAACUUAGCAUAUGACGCUAGUGAGGACAAGAUUAUGGAGUUCUUCAGGCAAAAUAACUUACCGGUGGUGAAUGUGCGCCUUCCCAAUGAAAAUGGCAGACAGAGAGGGUUUGGUUAUGUGGAGUUUGAGACCAGGACAGCCCUUAUUGAAGCACUUGCGCUUAAUGAAAGUACAUUCUGUGGUCGCAAACUGAGAGUUGACUUGGCAGGGCAUAGUCAAGGAGACAGAGAUCGUGGUGAAAGUCGUAGUGACCGAGAUGACUGGCGAGGAGGUGGUGGUGACCCAAGUCGUACUGAAGGAGACUGGCGCAGAAGAGAUGCCCCUUCAUAUGAUGAUCGAGGAGGAGAUCGCGGAGAUCGAGCUAGUGACAGAGGUGAUCGUUAUGGUGAUCGCUAUGGAGAUCGGUACAGUGAUCGCUAUGGUGAUGACAGAGACCGUGGCUUGUCAGAUCGAUCAGGAUUUGGUGAUCGAGGAUCUGAUCGUUUUGGUGACCGAAGAAGUGGUGGAAGAUUUGGGGAUCGUGGGGGUGAUCGCGGUGGUGAGGGAUUUGGAGGUGGUCGUUUUGGAGACCGUGAAGAGGGCAGAUAUGGAGGUGACAGAGGAGGUGGUCGCUUUGGUGACAGAGAUGAUGGAAGAUAUGGAGGUGGACGCCGAGGAUUCAGUGAUCGUUACAAAGAUGGUGACAGAUAUGGUCGUGAGGAAAGACGUUUUGAUGAUGAUCGAGGCUUUGGUGGACGUCGAACAUUUGGGGGAGGAUACCGACGUGAAGAAGACGCUCAGGGAUCAGAGGGAUCCAGGGGAGAAAAGCCAAGCAGCCAUGAAGGGAGUCAAGAUGCAGCUAAGGAGCGCCCUCGUCUCCAUCUACAACCCCGUACAAAACCUAUUGAUACCAAAGAUAUCACACCAGUUCGACAGUCAUCAAUAUUUGGAGAUGCAAAACCUGUUGACACAGCAUCAAAAGAGAAGGAAAUUGAGGAAAGGUUGCUUAAAGAAUCCGAGCACACUCAUCCAAGUGAUGAGGAUAAGGAAAAUCGCUAUGGUUCUAAAGAUGGUUUGCAUAAAGAAGGUGGCAGGCAGCGGAGGGAUUCAGACAGAUCUGAUGGGGGUCGAGGUCGGGAGAGACGACUUAGUAGCUCGAGUGGCAAGACAAGUCACUCCAGCUCUUCUUGGAAAGAUGGUGAGACAACAAAAUAUUCAGAGGACACUCAUGGUACAGAACGAGAGAGCAAGCCUGUGUCUUCUAAAACUGAAGAAGUGAAAAUGGUGCCUGCUCCUCCACCCAAAGAAAAUGCUUGGGCUCGGCCAAGAAAGGAUGAAUUCAAGAGAUCCAACAGUGAGACAGAGAAGGCACUCAGUGAUUCUGGAAAAGGGGAUCCUGAUCUGCAUGAAGGGGACAGAAAAGAAGGAGACAGGCGGGAUGCUGAAAGACGAGAGAGUGAUCGUCGAGAUGGUAAUCGAGGUGAAAGAAGAGGUAGUGGUAGUGAUAACGAACGCUUAGGACGUGGCUCCGUCGGUGGACGAUCAGACAAUCGGCAGAACAACCAAAAAAGAGUUCCCAAAGAAAAGCCAUUGCCUAAGUCAAUUGAAGACAUGCCUAAGUUGGAUCAGGGUCCUCCUAAGGAUUGGGCUGAUACUAACAAGUUUUCCUUCCUUGGAGAUGAGGAGGCGUAUGAUGGCGAGGAAGAAUACUGAAACCCGUCUUUGAGCUUGCCUGUGACCUGCAAGACCUUUACUGCGAUAUCACAUGCAGGAUAAUGUGCAUUCUUCUGCAUCUUCAUUUAUCAGUCUCCGAACUGUGGGAAGGAGUUUUAUUCCACUCUUUCUCCUGUUUCUUCAGCAGCAGCAUAAAGUUGUCUUUUUUUUUUUUUAAUACAAAGGAAAGCUUCUGGUGAGGAAACUAUCUUGACCAAGAUGUGUCUGCUGUGUAGGGAUGCUUGGACACUUCACCAAAUAACAAAAUUGCCUUUUACAAUCUAAUAUUUUCCUGCAGGAGGAACAUAGCACAUGCACACACGUGUAUGUGUGAGUGAAUGGGUGGGUUGGUAGGUGUGUGAAUGUCAAGAAAAACUUGCUUAGAGUUGCAUUGUGGUUCAUUCUUGCUCAGAACUACAAGUGUAGAUCUUUCCACUUGCAUUUAGUUGCCCAUAACCAUUUAGUGUUGUUCUUUAAGACAUUUAGUAUAAACAGCAUAUGCUCACAAGCAUAAACAAAUGCUUUGUCCUGUUUAGGUUCUGAGCCUUUGUUUACUAGUGUAAAAAUAUUCUAUAUAUUAUGUGUUUCCAAGAUUCUUUAAUUGCGAACACUUGUGUAGAUUUUUUUAUCACAUGAAGAAUACAAGAAUCGGACGCUUGUGGGAAUUAUUCAUGAGCCCCUAUUUUUUUCCCCAUUUUAAAUAGAAAGCUUAGCCUUUUGUGAUUGUCAGAAUAGUUGCUUUGUGACACAUGGCAUAACCUUGGCUCAUGGCUGUAGUUUUAAUCUGUUUGUACCAGUUAUUUUGUUUUUUUUUUCUUCCUGCAUGCAUGAUAAAAUUUACUUUUGGGUUAGUAAUUUGAAGUUGUUUUGUUGAUAAGAUGUUGUGAAGCAGACAAGCCCCACAUGGGUUAAGUAGUCUCACUUUGUCAAAGAGCAAUUGUCUGCACAAAAGCAGUUACAAAAGCAAAAUGCGUGCCUAGGGCUAAAUGUCAAACUUCAGUGAACAUGUUGGGGUUUUAUGUUGAACUGUAGUUGAACAUUGUGUGUCUGUAGCUACCCUGCUAAGCUUUUGGCAAAUAGUUAUUUGUGUUUAAAACUUCAUUAACUUUGUCGAUCUAGUAGAGAAGAUUUUUCGUUCUUUUUUUAUUCGUAUGAGUCAGCCAUGGGGGUGGAGUAGGGAGGUGAAAUUUUUUUUUUUUAUAACUUAACCCACCUGCCUGCAAACACUUAGUAGUAUUCGGACUGACGAUGGUGAUUUCUGACAUAGUGACUUGUUUUACCUCAUCGCUGCUUGCUUUGUUGCUUGCAUGUGACAUGAGACAGGCUGUCUAUGUCGGUUAUCAUGUUGAACACAUUCAGUCCAUGUGUUCUGACUUAAAUUUUCAUCCUGUCUAUAAAGAUUGCGGUUGAUCUUUGAACAUGGUUUUGCAAAUGCUUUGGCAAAAGAAAACGAAUGGAGUAACCAUGAACAUUUUCUCUUUAAAUGGUUCUUGCUGUCAUAUCUUUUACCACAAUGACUAUUUUGUUUUAUAUAUAAAAUACCAAGUAUGAAAAUAGAAGAAACCCAGAAUGAGAAACUAUUGUCUUGACUUUUAGUCCCAAAAGUGUAUAAAACUUGAUGCUUGAGGCUUUCAAAAAAAUUUUUUUAGUUUGUUCAGUCUUGCGUAUUGAGGGUGGAGACCUCAGUAUGCCAUAAAUAUGUUUAUCUGUUGCACAUUCUGCAUGCCUUUAUUUCAUAGGAAACCUGGUAUUUGACUAUAGCUCAUGUUCAGAAGAAUUUUUAUCAGAAGAUGCUUUGUGUGCUUUUUUUGCCUGCUUAUCUAAAAUACUUGAAGAACAUUAAAUCAGUGAUAAGUUAUGUGUGAAUUUGAUAAUCUCUACCAGAACUGAUGAAGUUCAGGCUGCAAAGACAUACAAAUUACUUGGAAGUGCCUCCAAUUUUUCUUUCUUUUCCAUAAUUAAACAUACGAUAUUGGUCCCAAAAUAGUGAAACUUUUAAAAAAAUGCAAAAAUGGCACCAUUUUCACCCCGAUAUAAGCCUUUCAGCAGAAGAGAACAAAAGAUGUAUUUAUGCAGAGUGUGACACAAUGAGAUAAUGCUGCUUUAUUCAAGUGUGCUUAAAUGCAUAGGUGGUGACUAGAUUACACGACCCUUAAGGUCAAAAGGAUAUGGGUAGUGUUUGUACUUACAGUUGAUGGUGAGGGCAUUUUUUACUCCAUCCUGUGCAGAUACCUUGCCACACCUCUUUAGUUUUUCAAUGUUGCAACCUAGGAAAUUUCUCUUUAACACAUCUAACCUAUUUAUAUUGUUAUGCAUGGGGAUUUCUUCAGCUUUGGGUGUUUGCCAACAGUGUUCAUUCUCUUCUGGGAUAUAUUUGACUUCAUACAAUUAGUUUUCUUUAUACCAUUUGUUUUUCUUUGUAAUCAUCAGUAUUAUCAUGGUUCAUUAUGUGUGGCUGCUCGUCUGAUGGUAGAGAUUUGACAACAUGCAGGCUCGUUAGAAAGAGAAAUUGAUAUUUAAACUACCCUUUUGCAAGUCAUGCUGAUCUUAGACUAACAGGGUAGCUUUCUUUGAUGCUCUUUUGUUUCAUUUGCCAGGGCUAAGUGAUACACUGUAUCCUACAUUUGUUUUUUUUUUUUUCUCAGUGAAACCAGGAAGGGUAAAUCUUACUCCUGCUAACACUACACGGUGCUCACCCUUUCAAGAAGUGAUUGUGGUUAGAUGUUGAAAGUUGUCAUUGUGUUUUUUUUCCCUCUUCUCUUCUCCAAAUAAAUUGGCUUUGGGGCAUCAGGGAUAAGACAGGUCUGGCACUUCCAGGCAGCAUUUCCAUUGAUCAGGUCAUUUUAAUAAAGUUUUCCCUUAUGUGAAAAUUGCUGGGAUAUACUUUCACUAACACCAGACCAAGUAGAUGUUUUUUUUCUUUGGUCCUUUUAAGCAAUUACAAUUUUUAAAAGUUCAUGGUUUAUUAUUGAUUUUAAAACAGAGAAAAGGUAGUUUGAAACUUGUGGAAGAAGGAAGCAACGAGAGUUCUAUUUCAGAGCGAAAUAUUAACUUCAUUUAUGCCGCCAACUCCACACGACAUCACUGUAAAUAAUGCGCUGGGCAGAAUAUCACUUGUUGGUGUGGCAGUUGGGAAUGCUGCUGUGUACAUAUUGUACAGUUCUUUUUUUAAAAAACAUAAUUUUGGAACCUCCAAUGUGGACAUUUUCUACACAAGUUGUUAACCAGGUCAUAUUUAAGAAGACUUAUUUGAUUGUUGAUAUGGAUAACAUACGUGUAAUUUCUUUGUUUUCCUGUGUUCUCACCAGUUCUCAGACUUAAGGUUUUUAUUUUUUAUUUCUGUGUGUGAAUCGUGUGUACAAAUGUUGAUCAGUUGGCAAAAAAGGUUUGUGUGCAUACAUAUAAUAGUGGGACCGGGAUAUGUAGAUUUGUUGUCUGAUUUCAGUGCUUUUCUAUUCAUUGUAAAGCAUAGACAGAAUAAUGCAAUGGUAGUUUAGGCUUGAAGUCGUUUGCUUAGUAAAAGUGGAAUCUGUUUACCACUUUCAUUUCUUACCAUAGUCUAUGAAGGUAAAUCUCCCCAUGUUGUACAUAGAAAAAAAUGGUUAAUUCAUUCACAUGAAAAGAUUGUUUUGAAUUUUCAGAUUUAGUUAUUGUAGAAAUGUACUUGGUGUUGAUGUUGAAUAUACAUAUAUAUUUCCUUUUUUUUUUUUAAAAGUAGUGUGCUUGGUGUUCUGCAGAAUAUGACCUUGACAUCUUUUCCUGCAUGAUUGCCAAUGAAAUUUGUGUUUGAUGCAUUGGCUGUCCUUGCUAGGUUGACCAAAAAAAGCAAGCAUCUUUAGCAGGAUGAUAAGACAACAGCUUAACAAAUAGAUUCCAGGGUUCCUUCUCUCUCAUCUUAUACUGUCAAAUAUUUUUCAUGGGGUUGGGGUGGGUGAAUGAAUAUGAUUACCACAAAAAAUAUGAAGUCUUAACUAUAGGGCCGAGUCACAGGCCUACAUCACAUCAGGUCCCAUGUCUUUGUUUAGGGAACACUUCUUGCAGAAACCAAAGUGCUUUUAAUUGUAUAAUUGUUUUUAUCGAAAAGAAGAUAGAAGAAAAGUUGGUUGUUGAGGAAGCUAAUGGAUCAUACAUAGAUUAUAAAAACCUGGCUUGCUUAUUAAUAAUUAAGCUUCAUCAGGAAAGUUUUCACACUUUAUUUCGUUUUAGAUUUUGUUUGGUUUGUCAUUUUAAGUAAAUCAUGUCCAGCAAGACGAAUAGCUGAUAAUUAUGAAUGUCUUUUAAAGCAUGAGUUCGCAAUUUAUCAAUUUUGCUGGUCAGUUAAGAUAAUAAAGCUGAAAGACGGUA